UUACAAUAUUUCCAUUUUAAAAUUUUAAAAUAUUUUUGAAAAUAAUUUUAUAUUUAUUUUUCCACCCGCAACCGCAAACGUUAGCUAGAACCAGCUUUUGAUUUUAAGAAGUUCGGAACAGUUUGAAGCGAUUUGUAGCGGUUAGUAUGAUUGUUCUGAAACGCUGUCAACCGCUACCAACCGUAAAAGUUGCGUUUGCGGGUGGUAGCAGAGAAACCAAUCAGACCCUUAGUUGUUGUACAUAUCAAAACGACAUUUUCACCCACUUAUAGUUCUCUAUCAGACUUUUGAUCUUUACCUAUUGUUGUGGUCUUUGUGGAUACGUACAAAAGAAAAUACCAGUGACUGAUUUCAGUUGAAUUAAGAAUGCAUUUAUAUUGGGAUAAAUUCUAAUUUACUUGAUGAUAACGCGUAAUAUUUAUGGCUGGCCACAAUUCGAUUUCCGCUGGCCACCGGAAGAUUAAAAAAUAUAUGUUAAGACCGAGAUUCAAAUCCAACCUAUCUAAUCUAUUUAUACUUUGAUUUGUAAUUGCGAUUGAUUUACUUUCUUCUAGGUGAUUAAGUAAGUAGAAACACUCAGGAUUUGUUUAUCCAGUCUUCGUUUUCUACUGACAGGGGCGGAUCCACGUUGAAGGUGGUGGGGUCAGGUGACACCACAAAAAAAAAAUUUCCUUAUUAAUAUCAUGAAUAAAAUAAAUUGAACCCACAAACUUUUGAUUCUCUGAACCCACAAAAAAAUGUUUGGACCCACAGGCUAAAGCCCAACAUAUUUGGCGAUGGAUCUAACAAUUAGAAAAAGGAAAUUUUAAAAAAAUUUGUUUCCUAAACUCUUUUAACAUAUUUAACCUAUUUUUUUUCUCUGUUUCUAGAAUAGAUUUUUUAUUGUCUUCUCAACUUCCUUCUCUUCUCCAAAUCCAUCGUGCAUUCUAUGUAAGUUCAGGUUUUAUAAUUAAGCUUUUAUAUUAUUGUCUUUUACUAACUUUAUAUCAAUUAUAUAUGUAUGUUACAAAAAUUUAGUUUUACGUAAUUGUUAAUUUUUUAACAAACUCAAUUGAACCUUUUUUUUUGUUCUUCGUCUACAGAUGAGAAGUUGUCGUUUUUGUUUUGUUUAUAUGUAUAUUAUAUCUUUUUAAUAAUAUAUUUUAUAUUUUUUCAGCAGAAUCAAUGGAAAAGUUUGUGAAUUUAAAAAGAAAAGAGCCAUCCCCGUCUUGUGAUUUAGAUAAUUUACCGUGGGAUCCUGCUGAUCGGAAAAAAAUAUCUGAAUAUCCUUCAAAUCAAAGAGAUGAGGUAAUUCGUAGAUAUUUGAUUAGAGGUCCUUGCCAACCUCGUGGUCAUAUCUUUAAACAGAAAAUGAUAUCAGGAGCAAUGAGGCGAUUUAAUCAUGCUUGGUUUGAUCAGUAUAAGAACUGGUUAGAGUAUAGUAUUAAGAAAGACGCUGCGUAUUGCCUAUGUUGUUACUUGUUUAGAGAUAGUAAUGGAAAAGGUGGAAAAACUGAUGCAUGGACUAACGAAGGUUUUUCUAGUUGGAAUAAGUUUAGUAGGCUUGCAGAGCAUGUGGGGCAAGUUAAUAGCUUUCAUAAUAAUGCCGUUAUGAAAUGUGAAAACUUGAUGAGACAAGGUCAGUCUAUUAAGCAUGCUUUGCAUAAGCAGGAUGAUAUUACCAAGAAUGAGUAUCGAAUUCGGUUAAAUGCUUCAAUUGAUGUUUCCAGAUAUUUGUUGCGACAAGGUCUUCCUUUUCGUGGUCAUGAUGAGUCAGAAACAUCUGCUAAUAAAGGAAAUUUUAUGGAGCUUCUGAAAUACACUGCUGAGCAAAAUGAAACUGUGAGUAAGGUUGUCUUACAAAAUGUUCCAGGAAAUAAUCAGAUGGUGUCUUCGAAGAUUCAUAAAGAUAUUGCGCAUUGCUUUGCAGAAGAGGUAAUCAAAUCUAUUAUUGAAAAAAUUGAUCAUGACGUUUUUGGUUUGCUGGUUGAUGAAUCUGCUGACGUUUCUGAUAAAGAACAAAUGGCAGUAGUAUUUCGGUUUGUUGAUAAAAGUGGGAUUGUCAAAGAAAGAUUCAUUAGCAUUAUACAUGUGGCUGAGACAUCUUCAGCAUAUCUGAAAUCUGCUAUUGAUUCUUUGUUUUCUAAGCUUGGGUUGAGCAUAAAAAAGUUGAGAAGACAAGGUUACGAUGGCGCAAGUAAUAUGAAAGGUGAAUACAAUGGACUAAGGUCACUGAUUUUACGGGAAAACACCUCAGCUUAUUAUGUCCAUUGUUUUGCUCAUCAACUUCAACUGGUUGUUGUGGCUGUUGCAAAAAAGCAUUUUGAGGUAGGAGGAUUCUUUGAUAUGAUUUCUCUAUUGUUGAAUGUGGUUGGAGCUUCAUGUAAGAGAAAGUAUAAGAUUAAAGAAGAUCACAGAAAAAUGAUUGAGGAAGAUAUUCUUGAUGGUAAAAUCAACACAGGAAAAGGGUUGAAUCAAGAGGUUGCUAUUCAGAGACCAGGGCAGACACGUUGGGGUUCUCACUACAGAACUUUGUUGCGUUUGAUUGAGUUAUUUUCUCCCAUCAUCAAUGUGCUUAAACAUAUUCAGAAUGAGGGCUUGGAAGACUCGAAAAGGCGACAAGCAUAUGGUCUUCUUGUAUACUUCCAGGAUUUUGAUUUUGUGUUUUAUCUGGAAAUGAUGGUUCACCUUUUAGGACUUACAGAUAGCUUAUCCAAAGCUUUGCAACAAAGGGAUCAAGACAUUUUGAAUGCUAUGUCACUGGUGAAAUCAACAAAGAGACAACUCCAAGAUUUCAGAGAUAAUGGGUGGCAUUCUUUGAUGGAUAAGGUCUUUUCUUUUUGUCAGAAGUAUGACAUUGAGAAGGUUGAUAUGGAAGAUGAAUUUAUUCACCCAAAGAGACCAAGGAAAAAAACAGGAAUACAAAACAUGCAUCACUACAAGGUCAAUUGUUUAUAUGCUGUUUUGGAUUUGCAACUUCAAGAAUUUAAUGAUCGCUUUACUGAGGUAAACACCGAGUUGCUUACAUGUGUUGCUUCUUUAUCUCCUAUUGGUUCAUUUUCUGAGUUUGACCAAUCAAAGUUGAUGAACUUAGCCAAGUUCUAUCCUUACGACUUUAGUCCUACAGAGUGCAUAUCUCUUGAGCAACAGUUAUCUAUAUACAUUGACAAUGUUCGACAUGAUGAAAGAUUUAGUCAUUUGAAGAAUCUAGGAGAUCUUGCUCGUAUGUUGGUGGAUACACGGAAACAUCUAUCACUUCCUUUGGUUUAUAGGCUUUUGAAGUUAGCUUUGAUUUUGCCAGUCGCGACUGCAACUGUUGAAAGAUGUUUUUCAGCAAUGAAGAUUGUGAAGACAGAUCGACGAAAUCGGAUUGGCGAUGAGUUUCUUAAUGACUGUUUAGUUUGUUAUAUUGAGAAAGAUGUAUUUCAGACUGUUACUAAUGAAACAGCGAUGAAAAGAUUUCAAAAUAUGAAAGAUCGUAGGAUGCUUUUGUAGAAUGUUUUUGUAGAAUGAUACUUUUUUAGAAUGAUUUAUGAAAUAUUUUUUUUAUUAAUUUUUGGUUUGGUUUGAACCCACAAAAAAAAAUUUCUGGGUUCGCCCCUGUCUACUGACUAGGGAGAAAAGAAAACUCUCAUGCUUUCACUAUGAUCAAUACGAUACAAUAGUAAUGAGUUAGUCUCUCUUUGUGCAUGUAUUACAAGAACAUACACAAAGCGAUCACCGGAGAGAAUUACCUCAGCGAUUACAAUGAGGAUGACUCGCUGUCAGCCUCUGAGCCUUCCGACGCCGAAGACUAGUAAUUGUGUGAACCAGAGAAAGUGCAGUAAUUUCAAGAGCUAUGAUCUCUUCCUCGAUCUCUCUAUCUCGAUCUUCUUCUUUUUCCUUCCUCUGUGUAUAAUAUCUCUCUACUCUUUGCCACAAACCCUCUAUUUCUUCUCAACCUCCUCUGCUUUAUAAGGAAGACGAUGAUCGUUGUACAACUUUUGCGAGACCCACUUUUGUAACUGACUGCUGACUCAGCACCAGCUCGUUACCGAGCUUAAAUGAUUUCACAGACUGAUGUUACUUGGGCCGUUCUUAUUUCAUUAGGCACAAGAAGAAACCCGAAACUAAUUCGACACCGCUUCACAAUAUCGACAUCACCGGAUCCACAUUUUGGCCGUC